UUAUCGUUGUCGAUAACCAGCCACAGUCGUCAUCAUCAGUGUCAGCUUGCAAAAUCUACACAAAUUUGCAAUUGCGUAUUAUUAUUGUCAGAUAUUACGAUAAUAAUUAUUUAAAAAGUUCAUAAUCAACGCAUUUUGAAAACUAAGCAGCCGCAAGAAUGUCCUACGCCUAUCUGUUCAAAUAUAUUAUCAUUGGCGACACUGGCGUUGGCAAAUCAUGUCUGCUACUGCAGUUCACGGACAAGCGAUUCCAGCCGGUGCACGAUCUGACAAUUGGCGUUGAAUUUGGUGCACGCAUGAUUACCAUCGAUGGCAAACAAAUCAAACUGCAGAUCUGGGAUACAGCCGGCCAGGAGGCUUUCAGAUCAAUUACACGGUCUUAUUAUCGUGGCGCUGCUGGCGCUUUGCUUGUCUAUGACAUCACGAGGCGCGAGACAUUCAAUCAUUUGACCACAUGGCUGGAAGAUGCACGCCAGCACUCCAACUCGAACAUGGUGAUCAUGCUGAUUGGCAACAAGAGUGAUUUGGACUCCAGACGUGAGGUGAAAAAGGAGGAGGGUGAGGCAUUCGCACGCGAGCAUGGUCUCGUCUUCAUGGAGACAUCGGCGCGCACAGCCGCUAACGUGGAAGAGGCUUUCAUAAAUACAGCCAAAGAGAUUUACGAGAAGAUACAGGAAGGUGUAUUUGAUAUAAAUAAUGAGGCAAACGGCAUUAAAAUCGGGCAACAGGCAACGCCCACAAACCCAGCGUUGCCCGGAUCUGGCGGCGCGGGUGGUGCAGUAAAUAGCGGUUGCUGCUAGGAAUAAACUACUGUUUGCCGAUGCCUGCACUUGGGAUAGCCGUAGCCGAUAGCCGAUAGCCGCUUCUGUAAAAGCUACUAGUGACUAACUCUUAGAAGGUAGUGGUAGCAGAUUUAUUGUUUCCAUAUUUUUAUUUCCAGCAGAAUAAUAACCGUAAUAAACUUAGCGGCGAUACUAGUAAACCACAAUUACUGAACACAUUUCAGCACUAAGCAUAAUGUUAACAAACAAACAAGCAUGAAAACAAACUUUAUGUUCGCUGAGAAAGUCAAAUCCAAUAGAAAAAUUAAAAAAAAAAAAAAUAAAAAAAACUUUAAAUCCAGUUUUAAAUAAACUAAUGAACAAUAUGUGUAUGUAAAAUGUGUCGUACGUGAUUUCUAAAAUUUUAUAAACUUUAAACAAAAAAUGAUACGUAUAUUAAAUACAAAUAUUUUUGUGUACAUUUAGUUAGUUUGCUAGUUACAUUUUGGAUGAGUAGCGAUGAUGAUGAGUGGAGUGUAAUAUAUAUACUAUAUAAACAUAUAAACAUACUAUGUGAAUUUCUCUUAUUUUGAUUCGUUUUCAUGAAUGAAUCAACCACAUCUCUCCCGUUAGUGGUGGCUGCUUUUCUUCUACUACUUUAUACACAUAUGGAUUUUGUGAUUGGUUUUUGGACGCAUUUGCUUUGUUUUUGUAUAAUUUGCAUAACAUAUAACGAUAUAUACAAAC